UACAGUCGCCGUGUCUCCUGCCUCCUUCAGUACCGAAGGUAACGGACAACACAGUUUCCACCUCUGCUUCACUUCACUGAAGACCGAAACGGAAGAAAAUCUAAAAAGUGAUUUUAUUUUUUAAACGGUAUAUUCCAUUUUGAAGUAUUCUGGGCUCCCAGCAGUUCAGCUUUUUUCCCUACCAAUAUGCACUGAUGCCUCGCACCCGAGCCGCUGCGCCGACUUGGUAAAUUUACAGAGAAUAAACAAUGUGCAAAGCAAAUGCUGGAUACAGUGGGAGUUAACUGUGGAUGCGCUCGAAUUUUACAGCCGGCUCCUGUUAAAACAAAGAUUCAGUGAAACUUAUGGCGUGAAGGGCCUGUUCUCGGCCUUCAUCACACACAGCUAAUGGAUGUCUUUACCCACUAUGCCUACAAUGACAGUUUCUAUGAUAAUAGAACAUGGAGCGUCAACGAAACACAUCAAGAGCAGAAGAGUCCUUACAACUACUACGCUAUGCUGCUUACGCUGCUCAUCUUCAUCAUCGUCUUCGGCAAUGUGCUGGUGUGCAUGGCUGUGUCCAGAGAGAAGGCUCUGCAGACCACCACCAACUACUUGAUUGUCAGCUUGGCUGUCGCUGACCUUCUGGUGGCCACACUCGUUAUGCCCUGGGUGGUCUACUUAGAGGUAGUGGGAGAAUGGCGCUUUAGCAAGAUCCACUGUGACAUCUUUGUCACUCUGGAUGUGAUGAUGUGUACAGCCAGCAUCCUCAAUCUCUGUGCCAUCAGCAUUGAUCGUUACACAGCAGUUGCAAUGCCAAUGCUGUACAACACACGCUACAGCUCCAAGAGACGGGUCACAGUAAUGAUCUCCGUGGUGUGGGUACUGUCUUUUGCCAUAUCCUGUCCCCUGUUGUUUGGCCUAAAUAACACAGCUACUCGUGAUGAGUCUCUCUGUGUGAUCGCCAAUCCAGCCUUUGUGGUAUAUUCUUCCAUUGUGUCCUUCUAUGUUCCCUUCAUCAUCACUCUGCUGGUUUAUGUGCAAAUUUAUGUGGUUCUGAGGAAGCGCAGAAAACGUGUAAACACAAAACCAAAGCAACGUGUCUGUCAGGCCGCAGAACCUGAUGUGGGCACUUCGCUGAAGGACAAGUGCACUCAUCCCGAGGAUGUGCGCUUGUGCACCAUGAUUGUUAAAUCUAAUGGGAGCUUUCCUGUCAACAAGAAGAAAGUGAUUUUUAUCAAAGAUGUAGUCAAUGAAGGGCAGGAUCUGGAGCUGGAUGAGAUGAACAACAGUGGCACCAGCCAGAAACAAAAGCAGGAGCCACAGUGUGCUCUCGGAGACACUCCAGCCACGAGCCGCCAGUUACUGAUGCCCAACAAGGCCAAUGCUAGCCCCACCUCUGCACCUCCUACGCCCCCUGAGGGUCAGAAAGCAGAAAAGAACGGAGACCCAACAAAGGAGGCCCUGGGGGAUCCCGCACCUGUUAUGGCCAAAGCCUUCCAGACUCAGGCCUUACCUAAUGGCAAGACUCAGAGCUAUGUAAAAACCAUGAGCAAGAGGAAGAUCUCCCAGCAGAAGGAGAAGAAAGCUACUCAGAUGUUAGCCAUCGUCCUUGGUGUAUUCAUCAUAUGUUGGCUGCCGUUUUUCAUUACACAUAUCUUGAACACCCACUGCACAAAAUGCAAGGUUCCCGCUGAGGUGUAUAAUGCUUUCACUUGGCUGGGUUACGUGAAUAGUGCAGUAAAUCCCAUCAUAUACACUACUUUUAAUGUCGAGUUCAGAAAGGCAUUCAUUAAGAUCUUGCACUGCUAAACGGCAACAUCACUUGGAUGACUGAGGAAGGAGUGAUGAAUAAAAGCAUCUCUUCUGGCAAAUACCUCAUGACUGUUAAGGAAACCGGAGCACAGGGGGGAAAUCGGAAUCAGCUUUUUUAAGUUGUGGAGCUGAGUGACUGAAAGACAUGUUGGCUCUAUAUGUGAAGUGUUCGCAGAGUCCUGUCCCCACAUGGUUGAAUGUAAAACCAGAAAUGUCUCUAACAAUGACCUGUUUCUUGGAGAAAAGAAAAAUGUAACAUUGUUCUCUAAAACUUGUUGUGCUUGUCAUGUACGGAGCCAUCUGUGUAUACCACACACAUGCAGGUUGCAAACUGCUAUUUAUUGUGUGUGUACUUUAUGUUUCAAUGAUGGACAUUUUCUGCGUAUCUUACAGAUAUCAAGUCAGUGUUCAAUGCAGUGUUCAAAUUGAUACGUGAGCUCUUGAUCUUAAAACCUAUCACUAAUUGGAAUGUGUGCUAAAUACAAGAGAUAGUUUGCUUACUGCAUAAUGUGAUGAUGCCAAUAUUCACAUAUUUGCAAUUUUUUAAAUUGAAAAUUAAAACUAUUAUUAUGAAUUUUUGUUAUUUGCUGUACAUAGGUUUUCUUAACACAUUAACUGUGAUUAUAUGCCUGCAAUGGAAACAUGAUGCAUGCUUCACUGCCCCUCUACUUGACUUCUCAUGAAAUGUAUGUUGAACAAAAAAAGUACAAAAGACAUCCAAUAAAG